AGAAAACUUAGAAGAAAAAAUCGUUACAAAUAUCGCAUUUUCUUUUUGCUUUAUUACUCUCAAAGACAAAGUAGAAUGCCGAUUUUUAACAACGGUGGCAAAGCCACAAAUGUCAAGAACACGAAAAAGUCACGGUCACUGAUAUCUGGGGGACAAAGUGAUAUUACAAAGAAAUUAAAGUCAUCUGCAGUCCCAGGCAACAGAGUGUCAACUUUGAACAAGAGGACAACAAAGAAAGCACAUGUGCCUGUAAAACCAGGGAAGAAAGUUAUAAAUCCUAACAAGAAUUUAGAUGGAUGUGCCAAACUGCUUUCCAAUAUGCUAGAUAAAGAUGGAGGUGGUGCACAGAAGAGCAGAUUUGAUGUAAGUUCCCGCCCAAUGCAGCCAUAUAGAGCCGCACCCCAGAAAACUGAUCCACAGAAGACUGCUUUUAAUCAGCGUUUGGUGUCUUCUACCCCAGAACCCUGGGAAAUUUCACCUUUGUCACAAAUACAGAAGUUAGAGCAGCAGUAUUAUGCCCUACAGCAGGACAAACAUGCCCUCCCAACACAAGUCGAGGGUAUGUUUUCCAUCUAUAGUGACUCGGAUGGCACAGGACAAUUUCAGAAAACCCAGGAUAAAUCUCAACACGAGAGAUCUUUCCCUAGGCCUUUAUCUGCUAUGUUGGUGUCUCAUGACAAUCAAAAUAUUCAAAACCCAAUCCCUGAAUCAUUAUCCAAAUUUGCUGCACCUAGGUCUAUAUUGAAGCCAGAAAUGACUGCAGGACGUCAACCUAUCGGCCCUAGUAACCCUGACUCAAGCUUUAAUGUCAGUAGUAUAGAAUACGCUUCUUUACCAAAUAAAACAAAAACUGAAAAUCCUCGGAUUUGGACACAAACUGAAAGAUCCAUAUUAGAUCACUUAGCUACCUCAACUGAAAUUCCCAGGGACAAUUCCCGAAAUAAUUCUUCUGCUCAUGAACCAACUUUGGUAUACAGAGGUCGUACAUAUGGUACUGAUAGUAAUCAAAAUUAUGAAGAAAAUCAACAGUUGCUAUCACAUACCAGCCCUAGAAGGGAAAGAGCUAAAGAAAGAGAGGAAUAUAGUGAAUCAUUACAUUUAUACAGCAUGCCCGCGUCACUUAAUGAAUCUAGGAAAUCUAAUAGUCCACAAAGGAAUCAUAGUCCUAGAAGGCCAAAAUCUCCUGAACACUUCAGUCCUGAAAGAAGUCAACGAGUUAAUUCAAGAAAAUCAGAAGGACAAGUUGAUGUAGAAACAGAGGAGGUUAUUCCUUACCCAUCAUCCUCAGCUGUUGCUGUAACAAAGACUGCCAAACACCUUAUAAAGGAACUGAAAGCAUUAGCAAAUAUUAACAAUGACUUAGAGGUAAAUCGACUUACAAAUGAGCUGGACAGAGCCAUUACACAGCUGACCUCACAUAGUCAUCAGAUUGAACUAGAUCUAGCCCUACAGCCUCUCAGGAGUGAGAAUGCAACCCUUAGAAGAAAGGUGAGACUACUCAAUCAACAAGUGAAGGAGCAGCAACUGAUAUUAGAGAGCAAACAGCAAGAUGUUGAGAUAGACAAUGAGUUUCAAUUGGUCCACCUGCAGCUGACGAAUUCACAGUUAAAGAAGGAAUUAGACUUUGAGAAGGAGGCGAGGCAAGCAAUGAACAAAGACAUGACAGCAUCAAUUGAGAAACUGACCAAAGAACGGCAGGAAAUGCUGGAAGUGCUUCACCAAAAGAAUGUAGACCAGCACAAAGUGACUGAUGAGAGAUCUAAGGCAGAGUUGCACAUGCAGGGAGAAGUAGAUGUAUGUAAGCAACAGUUACAACAACUAAAACUCCAAGCAGAGCACUUCCAACAGGAGAGCCAUAUGGCAGCAUCAGCACUGCAGCAGAAAGAUGCAGAGAUCAACAGAUUGCAGAAUUUAGUCUGUGGUCUCCAGUCUAGUAUGUCAGGACUUGUAAGGGACUUGGAGGGAACAGCCUGGACUGAACCACUAUCUUUACAGAGAAUGAACCAACUGUUAACAACAAAUGCAGUCCCUAACAGAACCGUGAGAGCAACUCGCAGCGCAGAAGAUAACCGACCAAUAUUUGGGACUAGACAAGCCACAGUUCCUCAAACAAGGCCUCCCAUUCAAGCCACGCCUCUUACCUCUACAAUGAACCUACCUCAGUCCUCUGGCAAGACAGUCAGAUUUCAAACAUAUGCUACAAAUAAUAUGGCACACAGUACAGGCAGAGUAAACUCUACCAAUCCUAGAUCACAUAACUCACAAUUGCAUGAGGCGUUAGACCUAAUUGAUAUGGACAAGGAAAACUUAGUUGAGUCAAGAAAUGUACUGCAGAGACCUAAGAGUAGUAGUCCUUUGAAAGCACCAGAUGAAACUUUGAAAAAUGAGAGCCAGUUAAAUCGCUAUAGUAUCACAGAUUAUUUUAGAAAAUAUCCAGCUAAUAUGAAUACAAAGGGAGCAAUGAUUGGUGAGUCUUAUCUACAUGGUGUGUCAGGCUCUAGUAUGCCUGGCCCAAGUGGUGCUAUAGAGCCUGGUAUGAAUAGUCUAAAUGCUACACCAUGGAUUAGUAUGUCCAGUCAUGGUACAAGAGGCGCAGGUCAAAUUAACACAUUUGGGAAAGGACUCUGUGAUGUCUCAAUGAGUACAAUUAAUAGUGAGACCUCCGUUGUGUCUGAAAGUACCAUCUCAAGUGUUAUAUCAGUGGAUGAUAGGAUGUUUAGAGAUGGACUUAAACAAUUAGAUGAUAACAUCGCAAGACUUCAACAUACCCUCAAACAAAAAAGUUUCUCAAAAUCUAAUUGAAUAUGUUAUCUGGUUUAGAAGUUGAUUUUACAGAUUUUAUAAUUAGAGCUAUACUUUACUGAAUGAAAAUCUGCUUGUAAUAACCUUUUUCUCAAAGGGGCUAAGUCUCUAACUCUGACGUCAUCUUAAUCUCUGGGAAAUGACAAAAAUGUGCA